UUCGCGCAACCCCGCAUCGACACUCUCUGCUUGCAGCAGAAAAAAAAACGAAAAAGAAGCAAAAGUGUGGUGUGGUUUGGUGCGUGCGGCCAUCAUCGAUGCGGUAGUGUAAAAAAUCGCGUUUUCUUUACUUUUCAGUCCGUGUCGAUUGCAUCGGUUUUUAUAGAGGCAGAAGAUAUAAUUUGACGGUCUCUAGAUUUCCGCCGUUAAAACGGCGUGUUUCUUGCCCUUACGGGAAGUGGAUUGUUUUCGCUGUGUUUCGGUAGCUGCUGCCGCCCGCCAUCCGGUCGUAAGCGAUUCUGUUCCUUUCUAGCGGGUUUUGAUACAGGAGGCAUUCUGACGAACCAGAAUUUGGCAAUCAGUAUUCAUUUUGCGGAUAGAUUUACAAUAUGGCCAGUACAGACGUAAAUAUGGAGACGGCAUCGUCCUCCUCUACAGCAGCAACGACCCCGAAUGGAAACACUAGUGGUGAAAAUUUAGCCACCAAUGCAGAGGAAAUGACCUCCCGUGAUUACUACUUCGACUCGUAUGCACAUUUCGGCAUCCACGAGGAGAUGCUCAAGGACGAGGUACGCACGCUGACCUACCGGAAUUCGAUGUACCACAAUAAGCACCUGUUCAAGGGGAAAACUGUGCUGGACAUUGGCUGUGGCACGGGAAUCCUAUCUAUGUUUGCUGCCAAAGCCGGCGCAGCCAAGGUGAUUGCUGUCGAGUGCUCGAACAUCAUUGAUUACGCACAGAAGAUCGUCGAGGCGAACAAUCUGAGCCACAUCAUUACACUGGUCAAGGGCAAGGUAGAGGAGAUUGAGCUUCCGGAGGGAAUUCAGCAAGUGGAUAUAAUUAUUUCAGAAUGGAUGGGAUAUUGUUUAUUCUACGAAUCGAUGUUGGAUACAGUCAUCUACGCUCGGGACAAGUGGCUCAAGCCGGACGUAGGCAUGAUGUUCCCGGAUCGGUGUACGCUGUUUGUAUCCGCCAUCGAAGAUCGGCAGUACAAGGACGAGAAGAUCAAUUGGUGGGAUAACGUGUACGGAUUCAACAUGAGUUCUAUCCGCAAGGUGGCCAUUAGCGAACCACUGGUGGAUGUCGUUGAUCCAAAACAGAUCGUCACGAGCUCGUACAUGAUAAAAGAAAUCGAUUUAUACACCGUCCGGAAGGAAGAUCUUGAUUUUGAAACUCCGUUCCAUCUAAUUGUGAAGCGAAAUGACUUUGUCCAGGCGUUGAUCACCUAUUUCAACGUUGAGUUCACCAAGUGCCAUCAACGCUUGGGUUUCAGCACCUCCCCUGAGGCGGCCUACACACACUGGAAGCAAACGGUGUUCUAUUUUGACGAAUACCUAACCGUGAAGAAAGGUGAAGAAAUUUACGGUAUGUUCAAGAUGAAGCCAAACGCCCGAAACAAUCGGGAUUUAGAUUUCUCCAUAGAUCUGCAUUUCAAAGGCGAGCUCUCGCAGGUAAAUGAAAAGAACCACUAUCGGAUGCGUUAAGCACGGUGUGACGAUAUAUAAUCAGUCUAAUACAUUUAGAACUGAGUUUAUAUGUAAGUAGAAAACCAUUCAUUCGAUGACCCACCCGCAAAGGAUACAAAAUUUACCAAAACAUAUGUUUGAAAAAUCUUCAUUAGCAGCGAAAUUUUACCUAGUUUUAUUUGAAUUGACAUUUUGCUCGCAUAAAUCUCUGCAUAAUCAUCUGAUCAGUUUAAUCCAUCCAAUAUCAAACAAAUUUGAAACAAUACUAGACGAUAAGCGACAUAAAACUAUAGGCCCAUAGCACUUUAAUAAAACUGAUGCUACAAUAGGAACAGGAAGGUUUACCCUAUCACAUGGUCUAACUACAAUUAUUAUACCAUAGUUACACUAAAAUACAAACGUACCCGUUAAUGUUGAGCAAAAAGAUACUCUCAAAUAAAAAGCAGCCAUGUAUACAUCGACGAAAUCUACGAUUGUUCACAAGACGGAGUUGACAAAUAUUGACCAGUGAAUCACAAAGUGAAUGCAAGUACUUGUACUACUCUCCAUAUCCUUGGUUACGUACCUAUUUAUUAGUCUUUACCAUAAAAAAGCAAAAUUAAGCUCGUUGCGAGUCACAUCUCUAACCAGAACUAAAUGCCAAAAGUUAGGGAUGUCUGCAUAAAACAUAUGACUUGCUAGAGCAUAUUGAAUGCGAUCAGUAGCAUCGCAUGUUUAUAAUAACGUCUAAUAAUAUUCCUAAACUACUAUCAGGGGAAUGACGA